ACUGCCAUACUGAUGAUGAUGACGACGCCAUGAUGGGCCGACGCGCGAUGCACGAUGCGCGACGAUUCCAUCAAACACCAUGGUUUCCUCUCUCCAACUCUCUUUCCCUCUCACAUGCACUAUCGCCCGCCACACCCGCCUGUCUUAUCCCUCUUUCGCGCCCUCUCUGCAGGAACUGUGCAGGCCCCGACGCCAUGCCCGGCCGAUGACAUGUGCGGCUCUAGCCCGCCGCCGCCUCGAGGCCAACACCCAAAACCGUCCUCCAAGCGAGUCAACUUCAUCACACAUCCUGGCGGAGAUCGCACUCAUCUGUUCAGGUAAAACGGCUUUGAUGCACCCCUGGCUUCAUUUUGACAUGUUCCUCACGCUGCCGAGGCCGUCGUCGUCCAUGUCGCGUAGAA